GUAUCAUCAUCCCAAAUUGUCAUGGACUCCCGCUUUCAGUCAUCACGAUAGCUGGAGUUCUUUCAAAUAUGGAGGAGAACGAAAAUUUAUGGCAACAAGUUGCAAAAAGUUUAAGUUCUUACAUUUCCCAAAAAGCCAAUGACUAUCUUCCUACAUUGAAACUUAGUUACAUGCAUUUACCAAAUUACUUGAAACCAUGUUUCCUCUUUCUUAGUGCAUUCCAGGAAGACGAGGAAAUUUCAGUUAAGAAGCUAUUAUUACUAUGGAUAGCUGAAGGUUUCAUAGAAAAAAAAGAGCAUAAGAGCUUAGAAGAUGUUGCAGAGGAGUAUCUAUAGAACUAAUUGACAGGAGCCUACUGCAAGUUGCCUCAAGAAGAUCUAACAAUGGAGUAAAAGCAUGUACUCUUCACGAUCUAGUACUCGACAUGUGCAGCAAAAUAACGGUAGAAGAUGAAAUAUUUUUGUUUCAACACCAAUAUUUGAUAUCUAAGCUUCGCCAUCGGUUGUGUAUGUAUCGGUCUCAACUGCUCUCACCGGCCUUAUCCAUUCUUUACAAUUCGGAAAAAGUAAGGAUCUCGGAUCUGAAAAAUGAUAAAAAUAUUCUACUAGGGAUCAAAAUUAUGCCUGACUUGAGGUAUUUGGAAGUUCCAUCAUUAGACUCAUCAAUAGGCAGACUCCAGAACCUAGAAUUUCUUUGUGUGAAACCCAAAUAUGAAAUUAGUAUACCAACAUACCUUCUCAAUAUGCCUAAGUUAAGACAUCUAAAUGUCGGAGUCCUUGUUUCACCUGCAAAGUUCAUUAAGAAUUGUGAUGGCUCCCGAAUAAACAGCCUACAAACCCUUUGUUACGUUCUUAUUGACAAUUCCAAAGACGAAGAAAUCUUGAGGUGUUCACCAAAUCUUCUUGCCCUUAAAUGCCGAUCUUCAUACGAUUUCACUCCUAAUCUCAGCUUUCUAUCUCAGCUUGAAUCACUCAAAUUUCAUGGGAGUGUAUCAAAAAUUGAUUACUCAGUGGUUAACUUCCCAAAGAAUAUCAAAAAACUUAGUCUUGAAAGACUUAAUUUGCCAUGGGAAAAGAUAUCAUUAAUUGGGACACUUCCCAACCUCGAGAUAUUGAAAUUAAAAUGUAACUCAUUUGAAGGAGAAAUUUGGAGCACAAAGGAUGAUGAGUUCCAAAAACUCAAGUUCCUUAAAUUAUAUUUACUAGAUCUUGAAGAGUGGAAUUCCUUAAACAAUCAUUUCCCUAUACUUGAACGACUGGUGUUGCAAUCAUGUAAAAAAUUGGAGAGAAUUCCUCCUGACUUCAGCAAUAUUCUAACACUACAGAAGAUCAAUGUAUAUAAUUGUUGUAAAACUGUCGAAAGUUCAGCGUUGCAAAUUUGUGAAGAACAACAGGAUAAUGGUAACGAUGAGUUUGAGGUGAUCGUCCGUAAUUCUAAAUGGUAAAGAGAGCCUCUGUUCUACUGGUAUAAAUCAGAGCUCAUCUCAUACUUUUUUUGGUUGGAAUUUUUUUUUUAAUUUAUUUAUUUGAUUAACAUUUUUUUCCUAGUUCUUCUUAUUCAUAUUCUUUUCUUUGCGGCCAACGUGAAGGUACGAUGACUUUAUGGUAAGCAAUAUUAGAUAGUGGCCUGAUUGCAAAAUUGUAUUAUUUUAUGAUUAAUUUGGCGAGUGAUCAGAUGAGCCUCAAAUCUUUUGCCUUGUAAUUUACUAUUAUUUAUUUUC